AUGACGUUGGCUCUAGCUGAGCAGCACAAGUGCUCGCUGCUUAAGGCCAAGUGUGUUGAUUUCAUUGCCAGGUCGCCAGAAACUCUUGAUGCGGUCCUGGCGACCGAGGGCUACAAUCAUCUGGUGGCGAGCUGCCCCUUGGUAUUGACUGAACUUCUGAGGGCUGCGCAUGGAAGGAGGAACUGA